AGUGAGUCGUUGUAGGCAGAGCAGACAAUUCCGAUACUUAUUUCUCAAACUCCCCAAAAUUAGAUCCUUCCAUCCAUUGACCAAACCCAUCCCCAUCUCGGCAUCUCUCUCUCUCUCUCUCUCUCUCUAUUUCUCUCUGUCCUGUCAGAAUCUUUCACAAUUAUAAUAAGCCAACAUUUUUUCAAACAAAACUGCAGCCACCGACGACCCUCGCCGAUCAUUCCUUCCCCACAUAUAAACCCUCCCGGGCCUCUCCCUCCGAUCCGAUCGUUUCCAUUUCCCAAUCCCCCCUCUCUCUCUCUCUCUCUCUCUCUCUCUCUCUCUCUCUCUUCCCUUUGCCUAGGGUUAAGGGUUUUCGCUGUACGAAAAGCAGAGAGAAGAAAUGGGCCAGCAGUCGCUGAUCUACAGCUUCGUGGCCAGAGGAACGGUGGUCCUCGCCGAGUACACCGAGUUCACGGGGAAUUUCACCGGCAUCGCAUCCCAGUGCCUCCAGAAGCUCCCAGCCACCAACAACAAGUUCACCUACAAUUGCGACGGCCAUACCUUCAACUACCUCGUUGAAAACGGAUUCACCUACUGUGUUGUCGCGGUUGAGUCUGCUGGCAGGCAAAUUCCCAUUGCCUUUCUAGAGCGAGUUAAGGAUGAUUUCAACCAGAGAUAUGCAGGCGGAAAAGCUGCAACUGCUGUUGCCAAGAGCCUGAACAAGGAGUUUGGGCCUAAAUUAAAGGAGCAGAUGCAGUACUGCGUGGAUCAUCCGGAGGAGAUAAGCAAGCUUGCAAAGGUGAAGGCCCAAGUUUCUGAAGUCAAGGGAGUGAUGAUGGAAAACAUUGAGAAGGUUCUUGACCGUGGAGAGAAGAUUGAGCUGCUGGUAGAUAAAACGGAGAACCUUCGCUCUCAGGCGCAAGAUUUCAGGCAGCAAGGGACACAGAUAAGGAGGAAGAUGUGGUACCAGAACAUGAAGAUAAAAUUGAUCGUUUUCAGCAUUCUCAUUGCGCUGAUUCUCGUCAUUUUUCUGUCCAUAUGCCAUGGCUUCAAAUGUGUUUGAUCAAGAUUGUCCUGCUCGAUUGGUUCUCCGUCUUUGUUCUUGAUGUCGUACCUACAAAUUUCCAUCUCUAGGGCUACACGCCUUCCCUCUCUCUCAGCCCUUUUGAAGGCCCUGAAAUUCGAAUUGGGUGUAUAGAGAUAGUGCAGGAGUUUCUCAUCUUCGGUAAUGGAAUUUUUUGUGCGCUAGGUUAUGUUUUUACACGUUGACGUGACAUUUGUUGGAACCUUAACGAGGAUUAUGUGAAUGACCGCGUAUAUCAUUUACUCCGUACCUUUUAAAAAUCUGUAUCUUUUCUUCUCACCUACAAAUCUUAUAUGACAAUCAAAUCUUGAAAUC